GUGGAGAUAACAUUUCUUAUUCAAAAUUUCUAUCUUAUCAAAAGCAAUGAACUUGUCAUCAUUAAAAGUAUCAGAAUUAAAGGAAGAGCUUGGUAAAAGAGGUCUUUCAAAGACAGGACUUAAAAAAGAUCUUAUAGAUCGUCUUGAGAAGGUCUUAAAUGAAGAAGGAUUUACAGGUUUUUUGGACAAUAAUUCAGGAAAAAACCCAGUAAAAGAUAAGAAUGAUGAUGAAUCUGAUGAGAAGGAAGUGGUAUGCCUUGAAAAAACGGAAAAAAAUGGCGAUAUGUUAAUAUCAGAGGACAAAAAAGCCGAGAAAAGUGUUAAAAAAGAAGAAGAAGACCAUAAGAAUAUGGGGGAAGUUGAUGGAGAUGUAUCAUCAGCUGUUUGUUUGAAUAAAAAUGAAGAAUUGAAGGAUGAAAUAGAGAAAAAUAUAAAUAAUGAUAUUUCAUUAAAAAAACAAGAAAAAAGGUUUUAUAUUGAAUUAAAAAGAGAUUCGUCAUGUUUAAAUGAUGAAACAGAUAAAGCAGUUAAAAAAAUUAAAGAGAGUUCAGAAGAAUUAAAACCAGACCCAUUAUUAGAAAAAUCUAUAGAAACUAAGGGCAGUAAUAGUGCACAUGAUGAUACUUUGAAUAAAAAAGAGGAAAUAUUAGAACCUAUACAUAAGUUAACAAGUGCAGUUUAUAUACGUGAUCUUACUCGGCCUUUGCAAGCUUCUCAAUUUAAAUCAUAUUUAUUGGAUAUUAUUAAGGAUAUGGAUGAAAUAAAAGAUAAUAUAUUUAAACAAUUUUGGAUGAAUAAUCUUAAAACGCAUGCGUUUAUUGUAUUUACAAAUGUUGAUCAUGCAAAAAUAGUUCGGGAUGUUUUACAUAAAUCUAUAUGGCCUUAUGAGAAAGGAAGACAACCUUUAUGGGUAGAUUAUGUUCCGGAAGAUAAAGUAGACGAAUGGAUUAAUAUAGAAGAACAAAGUCCUCGAGAUACUAAAUGGGAAGUUAUUUAUGAUAUGAAUGGAGUGGCUAGUUUAUCAGAGGUUAAAAAAAAGGUUAUUAAUAAAGAUUUUGUAGCUUCAAAUCAAAAAAUUGAAAAAUCAUUUCAAAACAAUUCUAAUUAUAGAUACAAAACAAAAAGACCAGAUAUCAAAAAGUAUGAUUUAAAUGAUCUUUUUUUAAAAACACAAACAACCCCAUUUUUAUAUUAUAAAACUGUUGAUCAAGAUAUAGUUGUUAAUAGAUUAAAAAGUCGGAAUAACCUCAAAUAUUAGACAUAACAUAUAUAAUUUAAAUAAAUAGGGUCUUAUUUUAUCUUUG